AUGGAAACCACCACCAGGGCACCCAGGGCUUCGUAUGUCCGAGGAGUCCCAUCUGUUUGGGAAUGGGAAGAACAGAAGAGCUUAAUUUAUCGACUAUGGAUUACAGAGGACAAGAAACUCCCAGAGUUACAGCAAACUUUAUAUAAUCUUCAUGGAUUCUAUGCUUCGCAUGGACAGUUUAUGACCAUGUUCAAAAAGUGGAAAUAUGAAAAAAAGAUCAGCCCUGAAGACGCGAAAUUAAUACUCGCCGUGAAACAAAAGCGUUGGAGAAAACGUAAAGAGUCGUUAUUUUUCUUACAUGGUGUGAAGAUAGGCCCUGCCAAGAUCGAGCGGUGGAUUGCUAGGAAGGCCUUUUCAAAAGAAGAGAUUGAGAAUCUGGAAGCUGGUGCUGAAACUCUACUACCUGCACACAUCAGGGUACACACUCCUGAGCCAGAUGGAUCCACGCCGGCUUCAGCAAUAGCAGCACCGCUCAUCGAUAGAACUGAAAAUCCUCACAACAUGAUUCACAGUACGAUUUUGCAGAGAGACCCAGCUCGAGACGAAGCGUCCACAAUCUCGCUUGCACCUUCCGCGGAAAGGUCUUUUACAGUGACGACGCGACCACCACCCUCACACCCUAGCGCGUACCCGACGCAGUUUAGUACCACCAUGCCUAGGAGCACAGCAGCUUGGGUGGCCGUUAACAAACAUCAAUCGAGAUAUAGUCGAGUUAAGGUACUACUGCUUUCUUGGGGGGAUGAUAUCUGCGGCAGAUCAAACGUGGAAGCACUUCGUAGAAUCUUCCAUAAUUUUAAGGACUCAUUCAAUUUCUCGAUCGAGACUUGGGAAAUUGAAACCAAAAACAGCGAUUCCAAAUUACAUUCCAAGAUUUUUGAAUUCGCUAGCACUGCAAAAACCGAAGAAUUACUCGUUGUUUACUAUUCUGGUGAAGGAAGGUUAAACCAAGACAGAGAGUUGAUUUUGACAAGCCAAUAUCGAGCCGUCAGAAAAAAUGAUGAACCAGUCAGCUGGUCCGGCAUUCAAGACAUUCUGGAAAAAGUCGAAUCUGAUGUCUUGAUUCUCCUCGGAUGCUGUGCACCAGUUAUUCCUCGCUCUAGCAGUGGCCAUGGAGUCACAGAACUUAUAGCUGCUUGCGGAUUCGAAGCUAAAAAUACCUCAAUAUCCUUCACGUCGGGACUCUCACAUGCUCUAUCAGAGCUCUGUUCAAAAUCGACCACCUUCACAGUCAAUGCUCUCUACAGUAGAAUACUCCUAUAUCAACAAGAGGGUUGGAUUCAUGGUGGGGUUCUUCUUCCGAUGGCUCCAGUCCACUUGACUUUAGUUGAGGACCAGGAAUCUUCGAGGAAAAUCGUCUUUUGUUCGCUACCGAAGUCCUUCGGAUCCACUAUUGCGAUUCCGAUUCCAUUAAAUGAAAGGGCAAUGCCUUCAUCCGAACCCUCCAUUUCAAGGCCUCAUGCUGCGGAACCUACAAUGACCGUCCAACCAAGGAAGCGGACGUCAGAUCAGAUUUCGACUAGCGAUCGAUCACAAGGGUCUGUUAUAUCGAUUAGUGAUCUUGUCGAACCCGUAUGCCAUGAUCCGAGCACAAGCAUCUUCGCGACAAAAAGAGUGAAACAACAGAUAGAAGACACAGGUCAUUAUUUUUGUACUUAUGAAGGUUGUAAGCGCAAAUACCCAAAGUUCUUCGACUGGAAACGGCAUGAGGCGCAACACUGGAAAACCGAACGAUGGGAUUGCCUAAUCUGUUCCACUGAGAUUGACAAGGGUACGUGCAAAAAAUCGAAAGUACCUAAUUUCUGUAGAAAGGAUAAGCUUGCGGCUCAUAUCAGAUCAAUGCAUAACGUUACAGACCAUCCCAUCGAUGCGUCGUGGUCUCGGCCCCUGGAUGACGACUGGCCUAGGAAAUGCAAAUUCUGCGAGGUGGAAUUUGAAACCUGGAAUGCGAGGGCUUCACAUAUUGGACGUCAUUUCGCUAAAGAUGCGGCUGUAAGUGCUGAGAAAGAGAAGCCAUCCCAUGAGAAAGUCUGA